ACGUGCAUUGAUUAUAAAAAGUGCAACGGAUGCUCGUAAAACCAUAAUUCAAACUAAUCUGUAGAGAGUCGCUCCAUCGCUCGACAUCUCUUCACUCUCUCCAAAUCCCCAACAUGAAGUACUUCUCCGCCCUGUGUGUCCUCGUGCUGGUCAUGAUGCUGGCCCAGGCCCUCGGUUGCGGCGGCGGCGGCUGCAACAGCGGUUGCAACAGCGGCUGCAACAGCGGCUGCAACAGCGGCUGCGGUGGCGGCAGCAACGGCGGCAGCAGCAGCGCAUCAAGUAGCAGCGGCAACGGCGGCAGCUCAACCAGCGAAUCUCAGACUGGUGGAAUUCUAAACAACUUGUUCGCUACGUCAAACAACAGCUAAGCAGUGUGGCUGUGGAUUCAAAGAACCCUUGU